AUGGCAUCAGCUACAGCAUCGAGCUCGCGCUCGCCUAUCCCGCCAGACCUCGUCGCUGUCCACGCCUCGUUCCAGCGGUACGGCCAAGAUGUCAUCACUCACCAAAUCCCACGCUUGCAAUCCUGCAAGAGCGCAUCGCUCCUCACCGACUACGAGGCCGAGAUCAUCUCCUCAAUUGACGGCCUCAAGCGACAAGUCACCGAUCUCAAAUUUGCCGUUGACGAAGCCGAGUCUGACGCGGAGCGUCGCGAGAUCGCCUCUUUAGCCGCUUCCUCGAGUCAACAGCUCGAAGAAAUCAGGCAAUUGACGCGCAAAUCCCUCCUCGCAGCGCGGCGUAGCAUCGAGUCCGCACGCACCGCCGACGCCCGUGCCGGUCUCCAGCUCGCCGCCGACAACGCCAAGGAGCGCACUGGCGGCCGCCCCGGCUCUUCGGGUGAAGACAAACUUAUGACCGCCUCCCAAGAUGUGACCGAUGCCCUCCGUCGCACCGUCUCGCUCAUGUCCUCCGAACUCGAAAAAUCAGCCAUGUCCUCCCAGCUGCUCGAAGAGAGCUCUCAGACACUGUCCAGUUUGUCGUUCCAGUACGGAUCGCUGACGACGCUCAUGACCAAUUCGGCCAAGAUGAUCAAGACGAUGGAGAGGGAGGAUUUGAUCGGAAAGGGCAUGGUCGCGCUAUCGAUGCUGUUCUUCUUGGGAUGUGUCGGGUGGAUCGUUUAUGUGCGGCUGAUUAGUAAAGGCAUUGGGCUGGUGGGUUGGAUGUUCAGGCUGUUCGGGCUGGAUAAGCUUUUAGGAGGGAUGGCGGGGAGAGGAGGAGAGGAUGUCAAGGAGAAGGCCGGACUGCUGAAGGAGACAGCGAAAGAAGUGUUAAGCAGCAAGAUAAUUGCAGAUGCGGCAACGGCAGUCACCGCUGCCGUGACAGCGAUCACCUCAGCCGUCUCGGCAGCUACAGCAGGUGCGGCAGCACAGACAGGCUCAGCGAAGCAGCGAGUGGAAGAGAAGGUCAUGGAUUUGCAAGACGACCUGGAACAGCUAACGGAGACCGUUAUGCAGCAGAGACCAGCAGUAGACGAAGCAAAGUUGCCAAAGACUCGUCAGAACACGCUCCCUGUCGAGCAUGUCGAGUUGUAA